UUUGUGGCGUAAUCUGCGUGACGAUUCUCUCACUUCGAUUCGAUCCGACGAUGGCGUCGCUGUGUUUGUCUCGGGCUCUGCGCGGCGUCACCCGUCGCGCCACCCGCGCGCCAUGGCGGGUGAGUCGCUGCAUGAGCACCAAGGGGGAUGUGGGCUACGCACAGGCGCUGCUCAACAUCCCUGAGACGCAGGUGUCCACACUCGACAAUGGCCUCCGUGUGGCCUCCGAGAACUCGGGCCUCCACACGUGCACGGUUGGGCUUUGGAUCGACGCCGGCAGCCGCUACGAGAAUGAGAAGAACAACGGGACCGCCCACUUCCUGGAGCACAUGGCCUUCAAGGGCACGAAGAAGCGCUCCCAGCUCGACCUGGAGCUGGAGAUUGAGAACAUGGGCGCUCACCUCAACGCCUACACAUCACGUGAGCAGACCGUCUACUUCGCCAAGGCCUUCGCAGAGGACCUGCCCAAAGCUGUGGAGAUCCUGGCGGACAUAAUUCAGAACAGCACGUUGGGCGAGGCGGAGAUGGAGCGCGAGCGCGGGGUGAUCCUGCGCGAGAUGCAGGAGGUGGAGACCAACAUGCAGGAGGUGGUGUUCGACUACCUCCACGCCACCGCCUACCAGGGCACUGCGCUCGGCAGGACCAUCCUGGGGCCCACGAAAAACAUCAAGUCGAUUGCGCGCGGAGACCUGGUCGACUACAUCAGCACCCACUACAAGGGGCCCCGCAUGGUGCUGUCGGCCGCGGGAGGAAUUCGCCACGACGAGCUGGUGCAGUUGGCCCAGAAGCACCUGGGCAACCUUCCCUUCCAGUACGAGGGAGACGAGGUGCCCGUGCUGCCCAUAUGCCGCUUCACCGGCAGCGAGAUCCUGGUGCGUGACGACAAGAUGCCCCUGGCUCACGUGGCGCUGGCGGUGGAGAGCGUUGGCUGGCCCGAGGCCGACACCAUCCCCCUCAUGGUGGCCAACACGCUCAUCGGCAACUGGGAUCGCUCCUACGGAGGCGGCGCCAACCUGUCGAGCAAGCUGGCGCAGACUUUGGCGCAGAAGAGCGUCUGCCACAGCUACCAGUCGUUCAACACGUGCUACUCUGACACGGGGCUCUGGGGCACGUACAUGGUGUGCGACUCCAUGGGCAUCGAGGAGACGAUCCACUGGGUGCAGGCCGAGUGGAUGCGCCUGUGCACGUCCGUGACCGACAGUGAGGUGACUCGCGCCAAAAACCUCCUCAAGACCAACAUGCUGCUGCAGCUCGAUGGUUCCACUCCGAUCUGCGAGGAUAUCGGGCGGCAGAUGCUGUGCUACGGGCGGCGCAUUCCCCUGACCGAGUUGGAGGCGCGAAUCGACGCUGUGGAUUCCAAGGUUCUGCGCAGGGUCUGCUCCCACUACAUCUACGACAAGUGCCCGGCCAUCGCCGCCGUCGGUCCCAUCGAGCAGCUGCCCGACUACAACCGCAUUCGCAGUGCAAUGUAUUGGCUGCGUCUGUAGCCGCUGGCGUGGCACACGGAACUGGCGACCGCGCCAACACGACCCCCCCCCCCCCUCCCCCCGCUCCACAAUAGUAAACACAAAACAAAAUUGUUCACGUCCCGCUGAGAUGAUGCGUGCGCACGUCGCAUCCAUCCAUGGUCCUCUUGAACAAUAAAGGUUGAACUUCUCAUCCGAGCCAA